GGGCAGCGCCUCCACCAACUCUGCUUCCCCUGCUGUCUUCCGCCCUCGGACGCCGUGACAGAGCGUCGCUCGACUCCUCCGUGUUUCAUUCCCUCUCCAAAAGCUCAGUCCCAGACUUCCGAGGGCCUUUUACGACAUUGGGUGUUGGAGUCCAUCUCGGCGCCGGGUCCACUUUUCGGCAAAGUGACGUGGACGUCAACAGCAAUGGCGGAAGGAGAAGAGGUCCUGCGGCUGCCAGCGCCGGGCGGCGACAGCUGGGAAAAAGAUCUUGAAGAAGCUCUGGAAGCUGGAGGUUGUGAUCUUGAAACUUUGAGAAAUAUAAUUCAAGGGAGACCACUGCCUGCUGAUCUGAGGACCAAAGUUUGGAAGAUUGCUCUAAAUGUUGCAGGAAAAGGCGAUAGUUUGGCAUCGUGGGAUGGUAUUUUAGACCUGCCAGAACAGAACACUCUUCACAAAGAUUGUCUAGAGUUUAUUGACCAGCUUUCAGUGCCAGAAGAGAAGGCAGCAGAAUUACUUUUGGAUAUUGAAUCUGUAAUUACCUUUUAUUGUAAAUCACGUAACAUUAAAUAUAGCACGUCCCUUAGCUGGAUACAUCUACUCAAACCGUUGGUGCAUCUUCAACUGCCACGCAGCGAUUUAUACAACUCCUUUUAUGCUAUCAUGAAUAAGUACAUUCCCAGGGAUUGUUCCCUGCAGGGGAGACCAUUUCAUCUUUUCCGGUUACUCGUCCAGUACCACGAGCCUGAGCUCUGUUCUUUGCUUGAUACAAAGAAAAUUACUCCAGACUCCUAUGCGCUCAACUGGCUUGGAAGCCUUUUUGCAUGUUACUGUUCCGUUGAAGUCACUCAGGCCAUAUGGGAUGGAUAUCUACAACAAGCAGAUCCAUUUUUUAUUUAUUUCUUAAUGUUAAUAAUCCUUGUUAAUGCCAAAGAAGUUAUUUUAGCACAGGAGUCGGACAGCAAAGAAGACGUUGUCCAGUUCUUGGAAAAUACACCAUCCAGUUUGAAUCUAGAAGAUAUAGAAGACCUUUUCUCUCUGGCUCAGUAUUAUUGCAGUAAAACACCAGCUUCAUUUAGGAAGGAUAAUCAUCAUCUAUUUGGUAGUGCUUUGUUGGGGAUUAAGGACGAUGAUGCAGAUCUGAGCCAGGCUCUUUGUCUGGCCAUCUCGGUGUCAGAGAUUCUUCAAGCAAAUCAGCUUCAUGGGGAAGGAGUCCGGUUCUUUGUGGUGGAUUGCCGUCCUGCGGAACAGUAUAAUGCUGGGCAUUUAUCGACUGCUUUCCAUUUAGAUUCAGAUCUGAUGCUCCAGAAUCCAUCCGAGUUUGCACAGUCAGUAAAAUCCUUGCUGGAAGCACAGAAGCAGUCCAUUGAGUCUGGCUCCAUUGCUGGCGGGGAGCACCUCUGUUUCAUGGGCAGUGGCAGAGAGGAAGAAGACAUGUAUAUGAACAUGGUCUUGGCACACUUUCUACAGAAAAACAAAGAAUAUGUGAGCAUUGCCAGUGGAGGAUUUAUGGCACUGCAGCAGCACCUGGCAGACAUUAACGUGGAUGGACCAGAAAAUGGAUAUGGUCACUGGAUUGCUAGUACCUCAGGCUCGAGGAGCAGUAUCAAUUCUUCUGUUGAUGGUGAAUCUUCUAAUGGCUCAAAUGAUAGAGGAAUGAAAUCACUAGUAAAUAAAAUGACUGUUGCUUUGAAGACAAAGUCCGUUAAUGUCAGGGAAAAAGUUAUCAGUUUUAUUGAGAAUACAUCAACUCCUGUGGACCGAAUGUCUUUCAAUCUUCCUUGGCCAGACAGAACAUGUACAGAGCGGCAUGUGAGCAGCAGUGACAGAGUGGGCAAGCCUUACCGAGGCGUGAAGCCUGUUUUCAGCAUUGGGGAUGAAGAAGAAUACGACACAGAUGAAAUCGACAGUUCUUCAAUGUCAGAUGAUGAUAGAAAAGAGGUUGUAAACAUUCAGACUUGGAUAAACAAGCCAGACGUCAAGCAUCAUUUUCCUUGUAAAGAAGUGAAAGAAAGUGGACACAUGUUUCCUAGUCAUCUGUUGGUUACUGCAACACAUAUGUACUGUUUAAGGGAGAUUCUUUCCCGGAAAGGAUUGGCUUAUAUACAGUCUCGACAAGCACUAAAUUCUGUAGUUAAAAUUACAUCCAAAAAAAAACAUCCUGAGCUAAUUACCUUCAAGUAUGGAAACAGCAGCGCUUCAGGAAUAGAAAUCUUGGCAAUCGAAAGGUAUUUGAUUCCAAAUGCAGGAGAUGCUACCAAAGCCAUAAAACAACAGAUCAUGAAAGUUUUGGAUGCUUUGGAAAGUUAAUAUAAAAGAGAAUUAUUUCAAAAGAAAUUAAGGCAACGAAGAGAAACAGGGACGUGUUUUCCUGACUGAAUUCUAACCGGAGACCUUUCAUUUGCUCAUGGGGGUGCUUGGAUAGCAGGUCUAGGAAAGUGUAAAUUAUAAUCACUCUCUGGACAGUUAAACUUUUUCUUUUAAUUUUCUUUUGCAUUUUUGGUUUUGUAAAAUGAUUUAUUAUAAAGGUCAGUUAUUAAAUGACUUUGAAGUAACUGACCCUGUGCCCUUAUGAACUAAGGUGCAGAAUGCAGUUCUGUUUUGAAGAGCUGUUUUAAGGGAACAUGCAUCACUUUCAGAUUUAAAAACAACCAUACGUAUAUAUAUUUGCAAUGUCUUCACUGAAAAUUAGAGCUAGAAUUAGUUGAAGAGACCCCUUUAAUUGCUACAUUUAGUUUUACCCACUGAGCGACAUCAGAAAUGAAAAAGUAUUACGUGGAUUAAUAAUUAGCUUGCUGUUUCUGUUCUUAAAAGAGUGAAAUCUUUUUAAUGAAAUGUAUGAAGACUCCAGCCAACUCAGAAAUGCAGUCUAGCUAGUGAAAUGUUGACAUAUCAGUUUCUAAAUCAUCUUUGCACCAUUAGCCAAUAAUUUGAACACUGAGUGUUUUAGAUACUAAACUUCAUCCUAAUGAUUUCUAAGGAGCAGUUAAAAGCAUUAUAAUAAGUAGGUAGGCAUGUUAAGAUGAAACGAACAUUUUGGGAACAGAAUUGUAUCUGUAGAAUGUCGCUGUUCUUCAUUACAAGUGGGAUGUUUGAUGGAAGCUACUUCAGGACGGGUGUUGAGCCCACACUUAUUUAUCCUCAGUGAGAUCAUGGCCUGUGACCACACUAACAUCCACUUAAAUAAAAGCCAGAUGAUCGGAGAGCUGUGUAAACGACAGUUUUUAUCAUCACUUUCUGAAAUUUCUUUCUCUUCUUUGGUUUUUGUCUUCUCUUACUGAAGUUCCAGUGGUUUGAAACUGUUUUUAUUCUUUUAAUAUGACAAAACUGAAAAGUGAUCUGCUUUACUUUGCAGCUUUUUCAAUUUAAUUUAUCGAGGUUCAUAUUAGACCACAUUUGCUGAGAGAAAUCCAGGAACACGUUUGGGGCCAUGGAAUGACUUCCUGUAAAAUCUCUUUGGGAAGUAGCAGAUCCUCACAGUUUGCCCUGUCCUAAAAUGUAAUGGAUUCUCUCUCAGGGGAUGAUAGGAGAAGUAUUUAAAUGUACCCUGUUUACAGCCAGUUGUGUUAAUUACUUAAUGGAAAUCAAGUGACUAGAAGGUAACAUAGUUCAAGACAUUUUAUUCUCGUAUCUAAAUAAAAACAGUCUACCUGAGUGGUUGAAGACAUUUGCAUGAAAUCACACCUGGUGCAAUACUUCAUAUUUAUAACUCUCCCACAACUGUUGUGUUGCAUUUUUUCCUUUUUUGGCACCCCCUUUAAAAGUGUCCUGAAGUCUCAUUUUUUGCCCAUUUCAGCCAUGGGACUUUUUUCAUAAUAUUAAUGGAAAGAUGUUUGUGUUACUGUUUAUAAAUUACAAUUGUAAAUAAACCAGUACAGUUUGCUCAAAA